AUGAGCACAGGAGACUUCGUGAAGUUUCGUCUUGUUCCUGUUCGUGAGGAGACUGUUCCAAGAGGGUUCAAACGAACAGAAUUUCCACCAUGCGCGGAGGUAAAAUCUGGCAACUAUCUAUAUCGGCCGGUGCCUAUGAAUGAUGUUGAAUUGGACUUCAUACCUCUUUCCCACCUCACUCUUCCGGGAAAGCACAGCGACGACGGUUGGCUUACCAUGUUCCCCAAGAAGUUGCAAACUCCUCUGAGUCGCCUGCCUGGAGUUGCGAAUCCAUCGGUUGUAGGAUGGGGCAUUAUUGUAAACGAAGUCUUCAACUGGACCCAUUUUCUCUUACUAGCUCUGAUUGGAGUUGUUUCCAUUGGCAUUGUCGUGGCUGUGUACUGGGGCAUAUCGUCAGACGCGUCUUCCGCCUUUGGACUCGGAGCAUUCCUGGUAGCAGUUUGUACGCUAUCGAUCUCUCUCAACUACAGCUACUGGCAGGACAGGUUGCAGUGA